UAUCUAUUAAACCAGAAAUUAUCCGUCUUGAACACGAGGUAUCACAGCUGUCUCCUCUUCUCCAAGCCACUCAAACACACUUGACUCAGACAGAAUCACAACUGAUGGAAUAUCGGAACCGACUUGAGGCCAAUAUAUCCCAAGAUAUGUAUGCCCAUACACCAUAUUCGCAGCUGGUCUCCACUCUUUUGACUGCCAGCCUCCACGAGCUCUCCACUCAGCUAGCUGGUAAUUCUCUGUCGGUGAGCUUGAAUGAUCUUUUGAUGGAGAAAAUGUCAUGUAUGGCUGAAGUGACGCAGACAGUCGCAAAGCAUAAUCAAACUGGAAAUCAACCAAAAUCCAUCGUCAUGCAAGCUAUCGCCGCAGCAGGUCAGUCAGCUAAAUUUUGUGAAGAAAUUGAUUCGCUUUCAUUUUUUUGUGAAAUAUCAACGAUUUAG